GUUCUCUGGGGCUUCUCCCGGUGGCGGGGCUGCUCGCGGCGUUUUGGGGGGCUCCUGGCCGAGGUGAUCCUGACUGUGCCGGGAGAGCGCGUCUGGGACCGACAUCCUCGAGACUGGUCGUGCUGAGAGCAGCAGGAGCGAGCACCGGCGUCCACAUACUUGGUCAGCACUCAGCUCUCCUUUGGCAGGAAAACUAAGAAGGGAAAUGGCUGUGGAUUUGCUGUCUGCCCGAGGCACAGAGCCUGUGACGUUCAGGGAUGUGGCCGUGUCCUUCAGCCAGGAUGAGUGGUUGCACCUGGACCCUGCUCAGAGAAGCCUGUACCGUGAGGUGAUGCUGGAGAACUACAGCAACCUGGCCUCAUUGGGCUUCCAGGCUUCAAUCCCUCCUGUGAUUGGCAAGCUGCAAAAAGGGCAAGAUCCCUGCAUGGAAAGAGAGGCCCCUGAAGACACAUGCCUAGAUUUCCAGAUUUUGCCAGAAAAAGAAACAUUGCCCCCCAAACAAGAUGUUUUUACUGAAGAAACGCCUCGUAGGCUGAUGAAGAAUGGGUCCACUAAGUGUGUUUACUGGAAAAUCAGCUUUGGAGAGCUUGUGAAAUCUGAGAGCCAAGAUACAGCACAGGAGCAAGCAAAGGAAGCUCAUGAGCCAGGGUCAGCAUCACCCAAGGAAACCACCAGUGAAGAUGGAACUCUUGCAGGCCCUGAGCUGGGGAAACCCUUGUUCAUCAGUAAAGCGCUUGUCUCACAAGAGGGUGAUCCCAUAGAAAGGGCCCCUGCUAUGUAUCACACUUCAGAGAAAGAUUUAUCACAGGAUUUUGAUUUAAUGAGAAGCUUUCAGAUUUACCCAGGACAAAAACCUUAUGUCUGCAGUGAAUGUGGGAAGGGUUUUAGCCAAAGUCUUCAUCUUCUAGAGCACAAGAGGAUUCACACUGGGGAGAAACCUUACAAAUGCAGUGAAUGUGGGAAAAGCUUCAGCCAUAGAUCUUCCCUCCUGGCUCACCAGAGAACCCACACAGGGGAGAAGCCGUACAAAUGUAGUGAGUGUGAGAAAGCAUUCGGCAGCAGCUCCACACUCAUUAAACACCUGAGGGUGCACACUGGAGAGAAACCUUACCGCUGCCGGGAAUGCGGGAAGGCCUUCAGCCAGUGUUCAACCCUCACUGUGCACCAGAGGAUUCACACUGGGGAAAAGCUCUAUAAAUGUGCUGAGUGUGACAAGGCCUUCAACUGCAGAGCAAAGCUCCAUAGACAUCAGAGAAUCCACACAGGAGAGAAACCUUAUAAAUGUGCUGAGUGUGGGAAAGGCUACAGUCAGUUUCCAUCCCUAGCUGAACAUCAGAGACUCCAUACUGGAGAGCAGCUUUGCCAGUGCUUGCAGUGUGGGAGAACCUUUACACGUGUGUCUACCCUUAUUGAACACCAGAGAAUUCAUACUGGACAGAAACCAUAUCAGUGCAAUGAAUGUGGGAAGACCUUCAACCAGUAUUCUUCCUUCAAUGAACAUCGAAAGAUUCAUACUGGAGAGAAACUUUACACAUGUGAAGAAUGUGGGAAAGCCUUUGGCUGUAAAUCAAACCUUUAUCGGCAUCAGAGGAUCCAUACCGGAGAGAAACCCUAUCAGUGUAAUCAGUGUGGAAAGGCCUUCAGCCAGUAUUCAUUCCUAACUGAACACGAGCGAAUCCAUACUGGGGAGAAGCUCUACAAGUGCAUGGAGUGUGGGAAAGCCUACAGUUAUAGGUCAAACCUUUGUAGACACAAAAAAGUCCACCUUAAGGAAAGGCUGUAUAAGUGGAAAGAGUAUGGGGCACCUUUUAUCUAUGGCUCGUCCCUUACUCCAUAUCAGAGAUUUCUGAAAGGAGACAAGCCUGAGAACUUUAAUUCAUCCCUCUAAUCCAAGAUAGCAACCAGAAGAGUAGUGAGUAGAAUGAAAAUCAAAUUAGAGUCAACUUUUUUACUUGUAUUGCAAAUAGUUGCCACUAAGUCAUGGACAGUGGAUGCACAAAGAAUGCCGAUAUCAACCAUUUAAGGACUAUUACCAAACAUGUUAAAAAUUCUUGAAAAAGUAUGAAAGGCCUCACUUCAAAAACAAAAUACAUGAGUAACUGUUGAGUAUAUGUUGAGUAUAAGCAUUGUUUCGUGAGAGGACCAUCUCUUUCUAAGAGCUUCUGUGUUAUGAAUUUUCUUUUUGAGAUAGUCUCUGAUGUAGUUAAUAAUGUGAGGAAUUGGGCCUCAGUCCCUAAAAUGGUGAGCUGUUAUAGAGAGAAGUCCUUCUCAUAAAGGGAAAGAAUACUUGACAUGUUGUGUAUUAGCAAUAAGGCUCUUUAUGAAUUGCCCCUUAUACAACAUACAUGUGUGUAUGUAUGCAUCUAUUUCAUAUAUACACAUAGAAGACUUUCAUGUAUAUAUGGCCAUGUCACUUAACAAUGGGGAUACAGUUAGGAAAGGCUUCAUUAGGCACUUUCAUGUUUAUAGGCACAUCAUUGUAUUUGCAUAGCCCUAGAUGGUCUGGGUCAGCCAAUCAGUGUGAUCUCUUGAGUUGAUCAACAUACCAUAACUUUUUUAAAAAAAUUUUUUUUGGAGGUUAUAAUUUAAUUACAACAUUUCUCCCUUCCCUUUCUCCAAACCCUCCUACACACUCUUCCCCACUCUCCUUCAAAUCCAUGGCCUCUUCUUACUAAUUGCUAUGCAUGCAUAUAUCCAUACUUUUUAUAGUAAUUGUUUUUGUUGGUUUGCUUGGUUAUUUUAGAUAGAGUUUCACUAUGUAGCCUAGGAUGGCCUUGAACUCAUAUAGACCAGUCUGGCUUUGAACUUGCAGUCUUCCUGCAUCAGCCUCCCAUGUACUGGGAUUAGAGGCAUGAGCCAUCAUGCUUGGUGUAAAUUUUAUUAGUAGAAUAUGUAUACUUUAAGGAUAAAAGUGUAGUAUAGCAAAUGUGUAAACUGGUAAUGUAGUUUGUCACCAUCACUAUGUGUCAUGUACUGUAUAUAAUUGUGUGUGCUGUGAUGUCGUCUGGCUGCCAGCACAGAGGGUUUCUUUGCACAAAUGAGCAAUGCAUUGUGCCUAAGAUGUUAUAGUAGUUAUAAAGUCAUGACAGCUCUGAUGUAGUUGGACAAGUAGGAAUUUUCCAGACAAGUUACAGUCUAAUGAGACUACUGUGAUGUAUGUUGUCUGUCAUUGGCCAAGACAUCAUCAUAGGCUGUAUGCACACACUCAUAUAUGUAUGUAUAUGUGUGUGCCAAUGUGCAUACAUAUACAUACAAAGAGUUUAGGACAUUUUUUUCUUCCAUAGUCCUUAAUGAUUAAAAAAGACUCAAUUUACUAAUUUAGAAUUUACUGUUUCAAAUUAAAAUUUUCCCCCAGGGGAGACUUCUUUCUAAUACUCUCCUGUAUCUGUAGUGGGAUGUGGUUCUGGGUCUAGCUGAAUAGAGUCUUACAGUACUGGAGAAGUUGGCCUGAGCAGACAGAGGUGGACAGACUGUCAUCCAAACAGUAUAUUAGCUAUUGUAGAAGGCCAGUGUUGACAGAGCCUCCUGCUGUGAACCUGUUAGCACUUUAGGCUUGGAGAGAUUUUUAAUUUAUAAGCUUUUAAGAAUCGAGGUCUUUAGCUCUGAUAAUCUGUGAUAGUUACAGGUUCAUUUCUAUCCUCAAGGCUUAAGAACAUUAUUUGUUUUGUUACCUGUUCAAAUGUAAUCAGUUAUCUUUAGUUCCCCUAGCUUUGGUUUUAGUAGUGGAGUUGAGAACAUGCCCCCACUUUCUUCUAUCUCUGAUUCUAUACCUGCUUCUAUAAUAACUACUUAAAUUCUCAAAUCCAACGAAGGUCCAGUUGGAGGUAUCGCUUUGGUAUGUUUCCAUGUACGACUGCCUUUUUAUUACAUAAGUUUUAAUACUUUUUUUCCUUGUAGUGCUGACGACUGAAUCCAGGGCCUUGUACAUGCUCAGGAGGUACUCUACCACUGAGCUGUAUCUGCAGCCUUUAGGAUUUAAGUAUAAAGUUACAGAUGAAUAUUUUAUAUUAAACAAUCUACUCAUUACCUUAAUAUUUUGUAUCUCCCCUAGACCUAGUUCCUUCAUUCUUUGACUUACCCCAUUGGUUUGUCAUCUUAGAAAUUAUUCUAGAAGCUUUAAUUAGUCCCUUCCUUCUGAGCAGAAUAUUAGAAUUAAGCAGGCAUUCAGCACUUAACUGACUUCUUUUGGCCCAUCAGUAGUUGUAUGUGUUUAAAUGUAUUUGCAAGAAAAAUAAAACUUCAAGGAAACCUCUGAAUGUCUUCUUGUACCUAGUGAGCAUGCUCAGUACCCAUUUUUUGGUUUACAAAUGCCAUUUGCCUCCAAAAGGAUUCAGGAUAUUGAAGAAAUGAACAAUGGCAUGUUUGGAGUAGGAGGGGACGAUAAGUGCACCUAGAGGAUAUUUUUAUGAUAAGACAUCAUUUUAGGGUUAUUGAUAUGAAUAGACACAGGAACUAACUUGAAGGUACAUCCUUUGAUCAAACUUAAGACAUGUCAGACAUAAAAAUACUCAUGACAGGGUUGGAUAUAAUAUUUUCUAAAGGUUAUGGGGGGAAAAGCUUUUUAUAACAUUUGAAGAAUAGCAUCUUUUAAAAAUAUAUACAAAGCAAUAAACAAGCCAUUUAAAAACUGUCAUUGUCAUUAAAUCUAGCAAAAAGUUGAUGGUAAAACCUACUACAUGAAAGACAAUUAAGGAACAUUGCAUAAUCCCAGAAGAGUACAGCUAAAGAAGCACCUGCUUACACAUUGAGAUCUGCCAGGCAGAGUUCCCCUCGGAACAGGAGCAGCCAUUGUGGCUUCUCCUGAGGCCGCAGAAGCACAUGUUAUGAUAUACUGCCAAAACCAGUUAGUGAACGUCUAUGGAAAUCUCUUCUCUAGACUUAUCUUCCUGUUUACAAAGAAUUGAGAGUAACGUGUUAGAUCAUACAGUAAUAGACAAAUUGAGAGUUUGAGACAUCGGAAGUGAUCAUUAAGUUGUACUUUUCAAAGAGCCAAGAUGUUAGAACAAGAAGAUGCCUGAGACAGCCACAUGCAAAGUGUGAUCUUCUAUUGAGAAAUAAAGUCAGAAAAAGAAAAAUCCCUGUAAGACAUUUGAGGGAUAUUUAGGGAAAUACAAAGGUGAAAGUAGGUGUUAGAUAAUGUGGUAUGCUUACUUUUCUUAGACUAGGUAAAGCAUUGAGUUUAUAUUUUCCUAUCAUGUGCAUGCAAAAGUUUUAAGUUGACAAGUCAAAAUGUCUGCAGCACAUUUUAAUUGAAAUUCAGAAUUGAUCAGUGAUUGUUGAAUUAUUGUGAUCACCCUUUAAACUUGUCUGUACCUAUGUUUAAAUGUAAUAAAAAUUGAGGCAAAAUGAUUUAUUAA